AUGUUCACGCGACGUGUUUGCGGCAGCGUGCGUGGCGCCAUCGCGGCUGCGCAGCCCUCGACUACUACAACUACAGCGGCUCGGUCUUUCGCUGCGCUUGCAGCGUCGCGGAACCCCGUGCGGACGCCUGCGCUGGCCGAUGUGAAGCCCGAUGGCGCUGCUGAGUUUAAUCAGCGGCAGAAGGAGUUCCGCGAGGGGCUGAUUACGGCCCAGAAGAAGAAGGAGCAGCAGGAAAAGGAAGCACGGUUGGCGGAGCAAGACGAUAAAAAGAAAGGCGGUGCAUUAAAGACGCUCAUCUAUGGUACGCCGGAGGGGAGGGAGUUAGAUCAGGAUAUCGAGCGCAGUUUCUCGCAGGUCCUUGCUCGCGGGAAAUAUGUGCAUUCGAUUGUUUUUCACGAGGUGAAGCCUGAUAAGGUGGAUGAGUAUACCGAGCUGGUGGGGAAGUGGUACCCCAAGAUGGCUUCGUCGCCUGAGAAUAAGGUUCAUCUUGUGGGGAGCUGGAGGACUGAGGUUGGGGAUUGCGAUACUUUUGUUCACAUCUGGGAGUACCAGCGAUACGAAGGUUAUCACGCCUCACUCAACGCCAUCCAAUCCCACCCCGAGUUCCCCGAAUUUGACUCCAAGCUCAAGACGCUCAUCAACGCCAAACGCUCCUCGCUCAUGCAGGAAUUCUCCUUCUGGCCUACGACUCCCCCGCGCCACCUCGGUGGGCUCUUCGAGCUCCGAUCCUACACGCUGCACCCCGGAAACCUGCUCGAGUGGGAGACGCACUGGAGGCGCGGGCUCAAGGCGCGCAGGGAGGUGAUGGAAGGUGUGGGGGCGUGGUUUGUGCAGAUUGGCGAGCUGAAUACGGUUCACCACCUGUGGCAGUUUGCUAAUCUGGAGGAGCGCAAGGUGCGUCGCGAGCAGAGCUGGAGCGUUGAGGGAUGGGGAGAGACGGUGCACAAGACCGUGCCCUUGAUUCAGUCGAUGAAGAGUCGGAUCUUGAUUCCGUGCCCGUGGAGCACGGUGGCUUGAGCGCGUCUUUGUGUUCGUUGCGGCGAAGGCUCGUUUCGAACCAGGCUGCAGAAUGUUUGGGACCUGUGUUUCUUCGGUGUUCAUGAUAU